AUGUCUGCUAUUCCUAUCGCCACUAACGUCCAAGUAUCGCGCGCCGCGUCGCCGGUGCUCACGACCACUAUUGUGCCGCCGUGCACUGCCGCCGUGCCGUCCUAUGGACCCAACUGCGCCGCCAAGACCCCUGAAGAGAUCAAGGCUUCUUCCCACACGCCCACUCUGGCUGCUCUUGUCCUUCAGGACGGUAGCAUCAUUCAGGGACACUCCUUUGGCGCCGAGACCAAGUCUGUUUCAGGAGAGUGCGUCUUCCAAACGGGUAUGGUCGGCUACCCCGAGUCGCUGACCGAUCCGUCGUACCGCGGCCAGAUCCUGGUGCUCACAUACCCUCUGAUCGGAAACUACGGUGUCCCGAGCCGUGAGGAGCUGGACCCUCUGCUUAAGGAUCUGCCUGCCUACUUUGAGUCGAACCAGAUUCACGUGGCUGCCCUGGUCGUUGGCCAGGCAUCCGCCGAGUUCUCCCACCACCUGGCGACCUCGAGCCUGGGCGACUGGCUCAAGAGCGAGGGUGUCCCGGCCAUCUACGGCGUGGACACGCGCGCGAUCACAAAAUGCAUCCGCGAAGAGGGUGUCAUGCUGGGCAAGCUCCUGUUCCCGACUAGCAUCGUCGGCGAAAGCGACAGCCGUGCGGUGGCCGAGGAUCCCGAAACCUCGGCGCUGCUGCCCGAGUACCAGAACGUCACCUGGGUUGACCCUAACGCCACCAACCUUGUCGCCGACGUGUCGUGCAAGGAGCCCAAGCUGUACUCGCCGGCACCCGAGACUGCGAUCAAGCGCCCCGACGGCCGCACUGUGCGCAUUGUCGCCGUGGACAUUGGCAUGAAAUACAACCAGAUCCGCUGCUUUGUCAAGCGCGGCGUCGAGCUGCUGGUCGUUCCCUGGGACUAUGACUUUUUGUCUCUUGCCGACUCCAUGGACGGCCUGUUCCUGUCCAACGGCCCCGGUGAUCCUACCACCAUCACAGCCACCAUCGAGCGCGUGCGCGCUGCCCUGGCGCUCAAGAAGUUUCCGAUCUUUGGUAUCUGCCUUGGCCACCAGGUGUUCGCUCUGGCGUCGGGCGCGCAGACUGAGAAGAUGAAGUAUGGAAACCGCGGCCAGAACAUCCCCUGCACGGACAUGCUAACUGGCCGUUGCUACAUCACGUCUCAGAACCACGGCUACGCUGUCAAGGCCGAGACGCUACCCGCCAAUGUCAAGGAGCUGUUUGUUAACGCCAACGACGGUUCGAACGAGGGUAUUUACCAUACCGAUCUGCCCUACUUCUCGGUGCAGUUCCAUCCCGAGUCCAACCCAGGCCCGCGUGACACCGAGAUCCUGUUCGACAUUUUCCUGGACACUGUCAAGCGCUGCCUGGCAUCGGGCAAGGUCGAGGGUCCUGUCGAAUUCCCGGGUGCUGAGGCUGCACAGGCCCGUCGCGACCAGCUCAAGAAGUGGGAGAUCGAGCUGGCAUCCGACGACUCGGACAAGUCUGGCCGCAUUGUCAACGGCCGCCGCAUCCGCAAGGUGCUAGUCCUCGGCUCUGGCGGUCUCAGCAUUGGCCAGGCCGGCGAGUUUGACUACUCUGGCUCGCAGGCCAUCAAGGCGCUCAAGGAGGAGGGCAUUUACACCGUGCUGAUCAACCCCAACAUCGCCACGAUUCAGACAUCUAAGGGUCUGGCGGACAAGUGCUACUUCUUGCCCGUGACCCCCGAAUUUGUCCGCAAGGUCAUCCUGCACGAGCGCCCUGACGGUAUCUACUGCACGUUUGGCGGACAGACGGCACUGAAUAUUGGUGUCAAUCUGCGCGACGAGUUCGAGGGCCUGGGUGUGCAGGUUCUGGGCACGCAGAUCGAGACCAUCAUGGUCACUGAGGACCGCGAGCUCUUUGCGUCGGCCAUGAGUGAGAUCAACGAGAAGUGCGCCAAGUCGCAUGCAGCCAGCAGCAUCGAGGAGGCCAUUGUCGCUGCCAAUGACAUUGGUUACCCGCUGAUUAUUCGCGCGGCCUACGCUCUGGGCGGUCUGGGCUCCGGCUUUGCGUCCGACGAGGAGGAGCUUGUGGCGCUGUGCCGUAAGGCGUUUGCCGCCUCACCCCAAAUCCUGGUCGAGCGCAGCAUGAAGGGCUGGAAGGAGAUUGAGUACGAGGUCGUCCGCGAUAGCUUUGACAACUGCAUCACCGUGUGCAACAUGGAGAACUUCGACCCGCUGGGCAUCCACACGGGUGACUCGAUUGUCGUUGCCCCCAGUCAGACGCUGAGCGAUGAAGACUACCAGAUGCUGCGCACCACCGCUGUCAAUGUUAUCCGCCACCUGGGCGUCGUCGGCGAGUGCAACAUCCAGUACGCGCUGAACCCGCACAGCCGCGAGUACUGCAUUAUUGAGGUCAACGCGCGUCUCAGCCGCAGUUCCGCGCUGGCGUCCAAGGCCACCGGCUACCCGCUCGCGUUCGUCGCCGCCAAGCUCGGUCUGGGCAUCCCGCUCAACGAGAUCCGCAACAGUGUGACCAAGGAGACAACCGCGUGCUUCGAGCCCAGCUUGGACUACAUUGUCGUCAAGAUCCCGCGCUGGGAUCUUAAAAAGUUUGACCGCGUGAGCAAGAACCUUUCAUCCGCCAUGAAGUCUGUCGGUGAGGUCAUGGCCAUAGGCCGCACGUUCGAGGAAACCAUGCAAGAGGCCAUCCGCUCAGUCGACACGAGCUUUGACGGCUUCUCCCGCAACACAUACGUGGCUGAGACCAAGGAGGCCAUCGAGGAGGAGCUGACCAAGCCGACCGAUCUGCGUGUCUUCGCUAUUGCCAACGCGUUCCACAUGGGCUACACUGUCGAGAAGAUCCACGAGCUGACGGCCAUCGACAAGUGGUUCCUCUGCAAGCUGCGCGGCCUGGUCGAAACCGAGCGCGCCCUGUCGACCUUUGAGGCCGACCAGCAGAUCCCGCGCAACCUCCUGAGCUACGCCAAGCAGCAGGGCUUCUCAGACUCGGGCAUUGCGCACUUCUCGAAGCGCAACGAAAUGCAGGUGCGCAACACGCGCAUCGGCUACGGCAUCACGCCGUUUGUCAAGCAGAUCGACACUGUCGCCGCCGAGUUCCCGGCGCACACCAACUACUUGUACAUCACGUACAAUGCGUCAAAGCACGAUGUGUCUUUUGUCGACAACGGCGUGAUGGUGCUCGGCUCCGGCGUGUACCGUAUUGGUUCUUCCGUUGAGUUUGAUUGGUGUGCCGUUCGCGCCAUCCGCACGCUGCGCGAGAACAAAUUCAAAACGAUCAUGAUCAACUAUAACCCCGAGACAGUGUCGACGGACUAUGACGAGGCCGACCGUCUGUACUUCUCGAACAUCACGCUGGAGCGCAUAAUGGACAUCUACCAGGCCGAGACCUCCGCCGGUGUGAUCAUCAGCAUGGGUGGCCAGGCGCCGAACAACAUCGCGCUUGCCCUGCACCGCAACAAGGUCAAGAUUUUCGGAACGAGCCCCGAGAACAUCGACGGCGCUGAGAACCGAUACAAGUUCUCGCGCAUGCUGGACCAGAUCGGCGUCGACCAGCCACAGUGGCGCGAGCUGACCCAGUACGAGGACGCCGAAGCCUUCUGCGAUGAGGUCGGGUACCCCGUGCUCGUGCGCCCCUCGUACGUGCUCUCGGGCGCGGCCAUGAACGUCGUGUCGACCUCGACCGACCUCAAGUCGUACCUGGAGCAGGCAGCGACUAUGUCGCGCGAACACCCAGUGGUUGUCACCAAGUUCAUCGAGGAGGCUAAGGAGAUCGACGUCGAUGCCGUGGCCCUGGAUGGAAAGCUCAUCAUGCACUGCGUGUCCGAGCACGUCGAGAACGCUGGUGUGCACUCUGGUGACGCUACGCUUGUGCAACCGCCCCAGGACCUGGACCCUGUCACCGUGCGCAAGAUCGGCGAAGCCACUGCCGCCAUCGGUCUGGCCCUGCGCGUGACUGGACCGUACAACAUCCAGUUCAUGGCCAAGAACAACGAGAUCAAGGUCAUUGAGUGCAAUGUGCGCGCGGCGCGGUCGUUCCCGUUUGUGUCCAAGGUGACGGGCGUUGAUCUGAUCGAGAUGGCGACCAAGGUGAUGCUCGGCCUGCCAGUGACCCCGUAUCCGAACCGCGGCCAGCGUUUGAGCUACGUCGGUGUCAAGGUGCCGCAGUUCAGUUUCUCUCGCCUGCAGGGUGCUGAUCCCAUCAUGGGUGUUGAGAUGGCAUCAACCGGUGAGGUUGCUGCGUUUGGCCGGGACAAGUACGAUGCGUACCUCAAGGCAAUGCUGGCCACAGGUUUCCAGCUGCCAGAUCGCAACAUCCUGCUGUCGAUCGGCUCGUACAAGGAGAAGGUCGAGAUGAUGGAUUCCGUGCGCCGUCUGGCCGACGCUGGCUACAAGCUGUUCGCCACGCCAGGCACGGCCGACUUUGUCCAGGAGCACGGCAUCGAGAUCACGACGCUGGAGGCCGACAUGGCGCGUGAGGGAUACAGCCUGCAGGAGUACCUUUCAAACAACAAGAUCGACCUGUACAUCAACCUUCCGUCGAAGAACAGCUUCCGCCGCCCCGCGUCUUACGUAAGCAACGGCUACCGCAGCCGUCGCAUGGCGAUUGACUUCUCAGUGCCGCUGAUCACCAACGUCAAGUGCGCCAAGAUGUUUAUCGAGGCAAUGGCGCGGUUCAAGGAGGCCAAGUCCUUCGAGAUUGACAGCGUCGAUUACAUCACGUCGCACCGCACCACCGUCCUGCCUGGCCUGGUCAACAUCGGUGCGAUGUUGCCGUCCGCCGCUGCUGACGUCGAGGCUGCCACACAGGCAGCACUCACUGGUGGUUUCACGACGCUCGCCUUUAUUGCCGACUCGGCUGUCGACGUCGUCAAGGCCAAGGCUAUUGCCCGCGGCCAUGCGCACGCCGACUUUGUUGUUGCAGUCUCCGCCACUGACUCCAACGCGAGCUCGGCCGCCGCGCUCAGCGCCGAGGCCCCGUUCCUCUUCAUGCUGAUGGACAAGUCGCACGUCACCUCUGUUUCUGCUGCCGCUGAGCACUUCAAGGCCUGGCCCCAGACUUCGGCCGUCAUUGCGCGCGCAUCUGGCAGCGAUCUCGCCGCCUUGCUGCUGCUCGCGGCCCUGGGCCAUCGCCAGAUUCACAUCACCGAUGUGCGCCAGGCCGCCGAUCUCGACCUGAUCGAGCUCAGCCGCGCGCGCGGGCUUAACGUCACUUGCGACGUGUCGCUCUUUGCGCUGUUUGCUGAUCGCCUGCCUGCGACCCCCGGUCUGUCCGCCAACGUCGCCCCGCUGUGGGCGCGUCUCUCCUCGAUCGACUGCUUCGCUGUGGGCACUGUCCCCGCCGAUGUUGCCAAGGUCACAAAGACCGACUCCUCGGACACUGCCGCUCUUGGCUACACUGUCGCCCUGCCCCUGCUCUUCACAGCUGUUGCUGAGGGCCGUCUGCGCGACUUGGAUGUCAUCGAGCGCCUGUGCAUUGCGCCGCGCCGUAUCCUGGGCCUUCCCGAGCAGCCUGAGACGUGCGUCGAAAUCCACGAGGACCGUGAGGUGCGCAUUCCUCCCAGCGCUGCCGAUGCGCGCUGGUUCACUUCUCUGUUGAGCGCGCCCGUUCGUAGCGCCGUCCACCGUGUUGUCAUGCGUGGCCAGACUUUGCUGCUCGAUGGCCGCUUCUUCACCCCUGAGGCUGCGCCUGCCGGCCGCGACUUGGGUCGUGUCCUGCGCCCGGUCAGCUCGGGCCCUGGAUUCCAGAGCGUCGCUGCUCAAAAGAUCAAGGCCAUAGAGACCGCGGUUGUUGAAGCCGAGACUGCGGUUGAGGCCGAGGCCACUCCCAAGACGCCCGUCAGCGCCGCAGCCACUGUUUCCACUUCAGCACCGCUUGUUGCGCGCGAUUUCGUGUCGGUGCCCCGCGCCAUUCAGACCAACCGACUGGCCGACGUACUUGCCCGCCAUGGCGGCGAGAACCCCUUCUACAUGAAGCACGUGCUGAGCGUCCGCCAGUUCUCGCGCGAGGAUCUGCACCUUCUCUUUGCCGUUGCCCAGGAGAUGCGCACCGCUGUGCAGCGCUCCGGCUGCCUGCCCCUGCUGGCCGGUCGCGUCAUGGCUGCCGUCUUCUACGAGCCCUCGUCGCGCACAUCUUCAUCAUUCCAGGCUGCUAUGCUGCGCCUGGGCGGCCAGGUUUUUACUGCAAACAGCGAGUCGUCGUCGGUUGCCAAGGGCGAGACCCUCGAGGACACUGUGCGCACCUUUGCUUCGUAUGCCGAUAUCAUUUCUCUGCGCCACCCACAGCCCGGCUCCGUUGCGGGCGCUUCGCGCAUGUGCAGCGUGCCCGUCAUCAACGCUGGUGACGGUAUUGGCGAGCAUCCGUCGCAGGCCAUGCUCGAUGCCUUUACGAUCCGCGAGGAAUUAGGCACAGUCAACGGCCUGACCAUCACCCUGGUCGGUGACCUGCGCAACGGCCGCACCGUGCACUCGCUGGCCCGCGUGCUUGCCCAGUACAAGAACGUCACCUUAAACUACGUUUCGCCGCCAUCCCUGGCCAUGCCUGAGUCCAUCAAGCGCGACGUUGCCCUGCGCGCGCCCUAUGUCAUGCAGAACGAGCUUACCACACUCACCGACGAUGUGCUGGCCAACACCGAUGUUUUGUACAUCACCCGCGUGCAGAAGGAGCGCUUCGAUUCGCUCGAGGAGUACGAGCGGACUAAGAACGCCUACAUCAUCGACAACAGCCUGAUGCGCAAGUGUAAGCGCAACAUGAUUGUCAUGCACCCGCUCCCUCGCGUUUCUGAGAUCGCUCCCGAGGUUGACACCGACCAGCGCGCCGCGUACUUCCGCCAGAUGCAGUACGGCAUGUUUGUGCGGAUGGCUCUUCUUGCGCUCAUGCUCUGCCGCGAGUUUUAA